AUGAGCAGAAGCGGCGGCGAUGGGGGCUCUAGGGUUUUGAUUCCGGCCGAUCUGCUCAAAACCAUACAAAACAUAAGAGAGAUGACAGGAAAACAACAUUCCGACGAGGAUGUCUUCUCUGUCUUUAAGGAUUGCUUUAAUGAUCCACAUGAGACUGCCCAGAAGCUCAUGUAUUUAGAUACAUUCCAAGAGGUGAAAAGCAAACGGGAGAGAAAGAAAGAGAAUUUAGUGACAAAAACACAAGAAAGGGGCAGGAAUGGUCGGAGGAACUCUGCUUCAAGAUACACAGAUGCCAAUAAUGGAAGAAGUGCAGGUUUUAAAAGGCAGACUGGAGCUAAUCACAUGAUAGGAGGUUCCAGAACUGCUUUGCCUGCUCCUAACAAAGCAAUAAAGGCUCCUAACCCUACGAGUCCUCCAAGCGGAAUCAGUAACCGUAAAACUCAAGAUGUUUCCAUCUCUUCUGUGAACAAGGGAAUUGCAGAGGAACAGCCUCUCGCCAAGUCUACUUCUUCGUCUGAGGAUGGUGUUGACCUGGGGAAGUCUAAACCCAGUGUUGUACCAGUGGCUGUAUCUGUAUCAGGUUCUGUUGUACAAAACGGUACUCAACAGGCUUUAGACGGAACUUCUCAGAUCUCACAGUCAGUCCAAGUCACUAAUUCUGAGGCUGCAGCCACUAAAGGCAAGAAUCAAUCGCUUCUCCAGUCAGACGUUGGUGAACGGCCACACGUGACAUUUCCUGUCCACCUUCGGGUUGCCAAAAUGCUGGAAAAUGGUCUGACAUUUGGGAGCUUCGGUUCCGAACUUGUGAAAGAGGCAUCUUCGGACAAUUGUACUGAUGGGUGUAAUGACUCCAAUAUUGUGUCUUCCCAUGAGACAGCGGCGUCAGCUAGGGAAGAUACAUCGACUUUUUCUCAAGAUAAGGACCAUGAGAUUUCUAAUUUCGCACCUAAGGCCGAGCUAGCAUUGCAGUCAGAGCAAACUGUUCUCCCUGUAGAAAGUUCAGUAGGAGAUAAACUGACAGAGGAGUUUUCAUCAAUCACAGACACUCAUCAGGCUGCAAAUUUUGAUGGUCCACCUAUCUCCUAUCCUGAUCAUUCCAUGGCAGCCACUCAACAGGCAAUGCACCUUCUUACGCAACAAUACCCUCCAAACUUUUUCCCUUACGGUCCCUAUUUUCCACCCUUCUAUAUGCCGCAACCAUACAAUCACCAGUACUUGAACCCAAAUGGGUUCCAGCAACAGUCUUACUUACCGCCUGGAGAUGAUGCUUCAACACCUCCAGGGCCUAAACUCUCUCUCCCUCACAUCAAAUCAGGAAGCGACACUGGAAACUCUCCACCUACGACAAUUCCAUCACCAUAUGAUUCAUACGCAGUUGCUUUUAACCACAUCCCAUCAGCACCCACCAUAAACUCUACCAACAAAGAAGAAAAGAAGGAAAACAUUUACACGAAUGGACAACUGAGUCUAGCCAACCUACAGGCCAGUGCCAUGUACAACUUGGCCCUUCAGGGUCAGCGAUUAGCUUUCCCGACCGUGCAGCCUGGAUUCACUGGAGUAUACCAACAAACACAACCAAUACUACGAGCUCCAACUACAUCUGGCAUGACUGAACCCAUAGGACUCCCGCACAUGCCCGAUCAGCAAACUCAAGCUGCACUAACGAAUCUCGCCAACAACAACUAG